CUAUUCUGGGAUUUAAAUUUCAUUCUUCAUUCAGUGGGCUAUUGUUCCUACUAUGGCAAGAAGUUUGAUCCUGAGCCGGGAAGAUGCCGGAGAACUGAUGGAAAGAAGUGGAGGUGCUCGAAAGAUGCACAUCCGGACUCAAAAUAUUGCGAGCGGCACAUGCACCGUGGUCGCAACCGUUCAAGAAAGCAUGUGGAAUCUCAAUCUACAUCGCAGUCCAUGUUGACUGCAGGACCUCACUCCUCUACUGGGGGCAGUAUAAACCGCGGAAGCUCUCAACAGAUGCCAUUGUACUCUGGUGCUAAUUCUGAAGGAUCAUCUGUUGGGAGCAAUGCAACAAAGCUGCAGAUGGGACCAUAUGGCAUCAGUGGCAGGGAAUUCAGUUUCACACAAGACGCUUCUGGAAGGACGGGAGGUCUGGGUUUAGGUCCUAGUGCAGGCAGCGGCACAUGGGGUCUCAUGCCUUCUCAAGUUUCUUCGAGCUCCUUGUUCAAACAAGGAUCCAACUCCCGGAUGCUAGCCAGUUCUUCAGCUCAGCAAUAUACACCGCAUGCCCAUGAGCCCGUCUCAUCAAAACAGCAGCAGCACGGCCUUUUCGGGAGUGAUAUCAGUUCACCAACGACACUGAAGCAGGAACAUCUUUUUUUCAGUGAGUGGCCUACGACCAAGGAAUCAUGGUCCAAUCUUGACAACAAUGGAACAAACGAGAACGCCUUCUCCUCGACUCAGCUGUCUAUGUCCACUCCCAGGACAUCCUCUGGUUUUACUUCAGCAACUGCUUACUCUCCAAAUGCAGACGCUUGAAGUUGGAUGAUGAGCUGGUGCUGCUUGGUUUUGUAAUCUCCAUCAUGUACCAUAAUAAGCUAUCAUCCCUACUACACAUUGGAUUAUGUCACUAUCGGUAUUUAGUAUUCCUAAAAUCGACUGCUUGUAUUAUUGUCCAAAUAAAUAUACUUUGAUGACUAGUGUUUUA